AUGACGGUUGAUGAUGAGGAUUUCAUCGUCUGGGAAAUAUAUGACUUUAAUGAUUUUUGGGCAGAACUGCAUGAGUACGGCCACGCGCCUGAUGACGCUACAGUGUUAGAAUUAGACGGCAGGCUGAAAAUGUUUAUAAAGCUGUGUGGAAGAUAUCACACCACGUAUCUCAUCGAUGCGACUCAGUUAGACGCCGCGUUAUCAAUGAUGAUCGAAUCGGAUUUAUUUAGAUUUCAUUACAUGAGAAUGCAGACGGUGCUCAUUGACCUCAUUAUACAGACCACAGACCCGCAUCAGCUAUUCGUAGCAUACAGCCUACUCCUUAAAUACGGUCAAAGACGCAUUGACUACUUUAAAUGUCCCGCAAAUUGGCGCAAGCUGUUACCUUUAUCGCAAGACAUAAUCAGGCACGUAGAAGACGGAUAUUUUGGUCAAGACGAUGACGGUACAGGGCUAGUGCCUAUCGAAGUACGACUGCGUUACCCAGUUGUUUGCUUCCUGUUUGAGAUCAGCCGAGCUCAUAAAUUACACCAUCAAGAUCUCCAGACUUUUGAUUCGAGCUUUUUGGACCAUCUAUUUGAUUUGGUGGAGUGGACAAGAGAUGAGGAUGACGAUACAUUCAAUUACACCCUCGUAAAGCUGCUGACGUCCCUCAACGAACAAUAUAUGAUAAGUAAUAUCGAAACAUCAGUUACAAACCCGCAAAUUUUGCAAAUUUCUAAAAACUUGGUAUUAAAUGUUCUUACUAGACGUUUAGGGAGCAGCAAAACAUUCGGAGAGAAUCUCAUUUUCAUCUUAAACAGAGCUAGGAAUUCUAAGGAAGACGUAUGCGUCAAAUUGCUCGUUCUCAAGAUUCUCUUCCUGCUCUUCACAACAGUUGGUACACAAGAUUACUUCUAUACGAACGACCUCAAGGUGGUCGUCGAUGUUUUCAUACGCGAGCUGUCUGAUCUGCCAGAUGAGCAGGAGGGGCUGCGACACACAUACCUCAGAGUUCUUUAUCCUCUGCUAAACGAGACAGUUGUGAAAUACUGCCAGUACAAGACUGCAGAGAUCCACAGCACACUUACUUCACUUAUAUCAACGCGGGUGCGCGAUAUCAGCCCCACAACCUCCCGGCUUGUGCGCAGAUGUCUGUCUUCUGAUUGCUUCGAUGAUGUAGACAGAGUGAAUGGAUUCGUAUCAGCGAGCGAGCCCACGACACCAAAUAUGGUAGCGCUCGCUAACGACUUCACCCAGCCACUGCCUAACCUUCGAGCAACGCAGUCAGCUUCUGACUUGCUGCGCACUUGGUCGCCGAAUACCAGCAGCAGUAAUCUACCUAUGAUAUCGAGCGAUAUGGAUGUAUUGAGGGAGUGCAACACUUCUAUAGAUAUAGAUAGUCCCCUUUCCGCGCCAGCUUCCACAACAGAAAUUCAUCGUACUGUCGCUGAUUUCGCUCCCUCGCCUGCAUCUUCACAGAGCAGCCUCGCCGCGCAGAGCGUGACAAGGAGAAAAGCUCCACCACCACCACCACCUUCGCGACUCAAUAAACCUAAAAGAUUAUCCUUAUCGUAG